AUGUCUUCUCUUUCUUCAAACCCAGAUUCCAUUCCCGUCGUCAUUAUUGGCUGGGGCCGUGAAAAUGGCGUCGUCUUCAUGCCCAAAAUAUUUACAGAACACAACUCUCCAUACGUCAUGACAGCUAUGAUGGACUUUGAAGAAACAUUAGAGCCCUACCGAUACUCACCACACAAUCUCGGAGUCAUUCUGCAUAACCUACACCCUCGCCCCCGAGCUCUCAUUAUCGGUAUCGCUGUUCCACCGUCUCUCACGGACGAAAUGACCGCUGUGUGGAACGAGUAUGUCGAAUCGGUUUUAAAGAAGGAGUUCAAAGAAGAUGACAAAUGGAAGAAGAAUGCCAUCAGUCCGUUGUCACUUACGCAUUACGUUGAUCCUGCUAUUUUCGAACGCCCACCGAUGGAUUUGGGGUGGGAAAAGGAGAUGUUUAAGCAGCUUGAUGCCGUGUUCCGACCUGAGAUCACAUGGGACUAG